GUGAGUUUUGUUUUCUGUGUGGCAUUUUCACUGUAGAGUUGAGUUUGCCGUACAUAUUUUAGAUUUAAAUCUGUCAAUUUCAUUUUCAGGACAACCUAAACAGCCAAACUGGAUAUUAUUUGAAGGAGGUUUCACUAGGACGGCUUUUUCGGAUCAUAAUUUUUGGCCUUGACGAAUCGACCAAACGACCCGCGGCUCUAGAUUGUGAGAGUGAGGAACUAGAAUGAUGAUGAUGACGACAAGCAAUGACCAACAGCAGCAGCAGGUGACAGCUGAGAGGGAGACAGCAGAGCAGCAGUUGGCUGCCUCUCCCUCUAACGAGUACAGUCACAACAACAACAACUACAACGACUGCUUUCCGGCGCUGCCUGUACAGGGCGGCGGAGUGGGAGGUCAGGGAGGGGCCCCUGCCUCCGGCCAGGCCGGCUGGAACAAUACUGUGCGCGUUGGAUCCAGGGAGACCACUAUUAUAGUGAAAGUGCCGGCUGAAGAGCGGCCCCGCAACCUGACAAAGAGCGACCAAAAUGGAAGCAGUUUUGGAGAGAAAGAGUCGAUACGCAUGUGCAAGCAGAUCAGCAAGGAUACCAACACACUGCUAGAGAUGAAUGUGUCACGUGACCAGUCGGCCACCUUCCUCAUCACCGGCAAGCACCAGAACAUAGCCGAGGCCAAACGGCUCAUCCUGCAGUCCUUCCAAGCACAGGCGCAAGACUCGAUCGAAGUGCCGAAGCAGUAUCACAGGCUGAUUCUGGGAAAGCAGGCGACCCGCCUGAAGGAGCUGGAGAAGGAGAGUGGGGCCACCAUCAAGGUGCCGUCAGCUGCCGACGCCAGUCAGCUGAUUCAAGUCACCGGCCCCAAGGAGGCCAUCAGGCGAGCCAUCCAGCUCAUCAAGCAGAUAUCUGACGAACAGUCUCGCAAAGCGAUGGAGCGCAUCAUAGUGCCGCGCACCUAUUGGCCAUUCUUCUGCGGCCACCAGAACAGCCGGCUCACCGAGUUGAUGGCCGACACCAAGACCAAGAUAUCGCUGGCUCCCCCCUCCACUGGCAUCGACGAGAUAGCUAUAACUGGUGACAAGGAGGGAGUGCAGGCUGCCAAGGACCACAUCAUGGCUGUCUACAACGAAAUGAAAGAGAAGUCGACAACGGUGAGCGUGGAGGUGGCCAAGUCUCAGCACCGCUAUGUGAUUGGGUCGAAGGGCAGCGGCCUGGCUGAGAUCCAUGAGAAGACCGGAGUGUUGGUUGAGAUGCCACCUCUCGACUCGGACAACCAGUCGACCACCAUUGUCCUCAGGGGACCGCAGGAGAAGCUUGGACCAGCACUGACGAUGGUCUACGAAAAGGCAAACAGCGUAGUGGAGCAGUACCUAGACGUGCCCUACUGGAUCCACCGACAUCUGAUCGGCAAAAAGGGCGCCGACAUUCUCAAGAUGAAGGAGGACUGCCCCAAGGUCUACGUCGACUUUGGCGAAAAGAACAAGGAUCGCCAGGAGAAGGACAAUCGUAUCAGGAUCGAAGGACCCCUGGAAGAAGUGCGCCUCAUGAAGGAGAAACUGCAGUCGAAGGCAGACGCCCUGCAGGCUGAGAUGUCCGAGAAGGAGAUGGAGGUGCCGACUGCCUACUUCAAGUACAUCAUCGGCAAGAAUGGCGCCAACAUCAACCGCAUCAAGGAGUUGACUGAUGCCAACAUCAGCAUCAACCGAUCCGGUCAGAACCCCAACAGCAUCUUGAUCGAGGGCACCAAGGUGGCUGUUGCUGAGGCUGAGAGGGAACUGAAAGAGAUAAUCUCUAAACUGGAUGAUGAGAGAGAGGAGGAGAUGGUGAUUGACAGCAGACUGCACAGUGUGAUCAUCGGACAGAAGGGCGAGCAGAUAAGGGAGAUCCGCGAGAAGUUCAACAACCAGGUCAACGUCACCUUCCCCAGUCCCAACGAGAAGAGCGACAUAGUGCGAGUUCGUGGCCCGAAAGCCGAGGUGGACAAAUGCUGUCGCUAUCUGCGCUCCCUGGUGGACGCUCGCUACACUCUCGACGUACCCGUAUUCAAGCAGUAUCACAAGCUGGUCAUCGGCAAGGGCGGUGCUAACAUCAAAAAGAUCAAGGAGGACACGAACACAAAGAUAGUGCUGCCGGCUGAGGACAGCAAAAGUGACGUGAUUGUGAUUUCGGGCAAAAAGGAGAAUGUCGAACAGGCCAGGGACAUGGUACUCAAGAUACAGGAGGAACAGGCGAACAUAGUAACAGAAAGUGUGUUGGUUCCAAUGUGCUCAGUGCAGGGCCGUAGCAGACUGGUGCUGUCCAUUGGCGAGGAGUGCGCUGUCAUGGUCAAGCUUCCCGCUCAGAACAGUGGAGACCAGGUGGUUGUGAGAGGACCAAAGGACGAUGUUGAGAAGGCAGUGCAACUACUGAAGCAGCUGGCCAAUGACCUGAGGCAGAGCAGUCACACGCAAACCAUGAAGGUCAAGUCACAGCAUCACAGGGUCAUCAUCGGCAAGCAGGGAGCGACCAUCAAACGGCUGCGUGAGUCGACCGGAUGCCACAUAAUUCUGCCGAGUGAACAGGACGCCGACCAGGAGUUGAUCACACUCAUCGGCAAGAAGGAAAAUGUCGAAAAAGCAAAACUCGAGUUGCAGGCCAUCGUUAAGGAUAUUGACAACGUGAUUGAGGACAGUGUGGACAUAGACCCGCGCCACCACAAGGCGUUCAUGCAGGGCGGCAGGAGUGAAGGGGGCGCGAAACCGGCCACCCUUGUCAACCGCAUUCAAGAGCAGGCAGGCGGCUCAGUGAGGAUCUCGUUCCCGCCUAGGGGUGCGCAGUCCAGGGUCACCAUUAAGGGCCCCCCCGACCAGGUUAGGGCCGCCAAGGAGGCCCUAUUGGAGGCUGUCGACGAUUUCGACAAUCAGGUGACAAUAGAGUGCGUGAUUCCAUGGCGCUACCACAAGCAGGUGAUGGGAGUGAGAGGGGUGAAGGUGGGCGAUAUCACUGCCACCUAUAAUGUGCACAUCAAGUUCCCCGACAACAGGGAGAGAUAUGCCAACGCCAGGGACCAGCAUAACGAUAACUUGGAGCAGAGCCAGAAUGGUGGGGGCGAGGAGCAGGGUGGUGAUCAGCUGGUGAACGGUUCUGCCGCUGAGGCCGAGGAAGUCGACCCCGAUGCAGUCAGGCCCGAGGACAUUGUCCUCAUCACAGGGAGAGCAGAGAAGUGUGAGCUGGCCAAACAGGCUCUACUGGACAGUGUGCCGGUGACGGAGCAGAUGGAGGUGCCAUUCGACUACCAUCGGGCCAUCAUCGGCGCCAAGGGUCAGACCAUCAGGGAGCUGAGUCAGCGAUUCGAUGUGCAGAUCAGUGUGCCGCCCAGUCAUCAGCGGGCUGACACCAUUCAGGUGUCCGGUUCUCCAGCGAACGUGGCUCUGGCCAAAGAAGCCAUCCAGGACAAAAUGCUGGAGGUGGACGCUGACAAUGAGGACCGCAAGAAGAAGUCUUUCGAAGUCAAGCUGACAGUGUCGCAGGAAUACUUCCCUAAGAUCAUAGGCAAGAAGGGCGCCGUGGUGAACAAGAUCAGAGAGGACCACCAGGUGCAGAUCAUUCUGCCGGCGAGGGGUGGCGGGGAGUCCGGCGGUGACCAGGACACCAUCACCAUAGUCGGCUACCAAGAGAGGGCUGAAGCUGCUAGGGACGAGAUUCAGAGGAUUGUCGAUCAGCUGGACAGUAUGAUCCGCGAAGAGGUGUCGGUUGACGCGCGCAUUCACCCGCGCCUCAUUGGAACGAGAGGUCGCAGCAUUCGCCAGCUGAUGUCGCAGUUCCAGGUGGAGGUGAAGUUCGCCAAGGCCAGUGACCCCGACCCCAACAUUGUCGUCAUCGCCGGCCAACAGGACAACGUCGACAACGCCCGAGAGAGGCUGCUCGAGCUGGCUGAAGACUAUAUGCAAGACAUAGACGAGUACGAGUUUGAGCAGAGCUUCCGACCGAGCCACACGACAGAGGGCACCAACCCGUUCGACUCGCUCAACUUCAACAGCAACCAGGCGGCCGACACCAGCAACACCACCACCGCCGGCACCACCAACAGUCCACCACCCGGUGGCCAGGGACACCACAACACCUCCAACCACCACGAGGGCGGCGGCGGGGGUGGGUUCGUGGUGAAGGGUGCGCCCUGGGAGCAGAAGGCACCCGACACCGCCAGUACUGCCGAUUUCCCCAGCUUUGGGGGUGCGGCACCCUCCCACGGCGGGUCCCAGGUCUCCUGGGGGCCUAGGCGUUGAAAAACACCCCUGGCUGCUCCUCAAAGGACGCCAAUCAUCAUCAUCUCACACUGGGUACUAAAAUCAUAGUAAAUUUUGAGUUUACUGGGGUUCAUAAACCCCAUUGUUUCCUCGUAAAAACACAAACGUUUUCAAUAAGUUUCGAUUUGUCGGGGGUUCAUUAACCCCCAUUUUUCCCCUAAAACACAUGAAUAAAAUUUGAGUUUACUGGGGUUCAUAAACCUCAUUGUUUCCUCGUAAAAACACAAACGUUUUCAAUAAAUUACGAUUUGUCAGGGAUUAACCCCAUUUCCCCCUAAAAACACAUAAAUAGAAAUAAACCAUAAAAACAAUCAUUCAAAGAAUAUUGAAAACAAAUUAAUUAAAUGAUUUAAAUCUGUCGGGGUUUAUAACCCCAAUUGUUUCCAUUUUUUUUGUCUUUGAAGAAAGUCAAAUGAAUUUGAGUUGUUUUCGGUUUAUAAAACCUUAUUUUCUCCCCUAAAAACACAUUAAUUAAAGCAAAAACCAUAAAAACAAUAAUUCAAAGAAUAUUGAAAACAAAUGAUUUAAAUUUGUCGGGGCUUAUAACCCCAUUGUUUUCCCCCUGAAAUGCAUAAAUUUGAAAAUAAAACAAAUAAGAUUAUGAUUUCUAAUUGUCUGGGACUUAUAAACCCCCAUUGUUUUCCGUUGAUACUGUGAAUACUUCUUAUUUGAAAAUAUAAAAUAAUAAUUUGUAGUUUAAAUGUUUGAAAUUUCCUUAAAUCAACUGCCUGGGGCCUAUGAAUGAACCCCUCUACCCCAGCUGAAUUAGUAAUGAUUACUUCUGUUUCAUUAGUUUCCGAAUAAAUUGAUAAUAAUUUAAUUUUUCGCUUCAAGUUGUUGAAAUUCCUCUACUUGAGGAAACUAAAGACCUCGUAAAUUUAUUGAUAGUUUCAUACCGUUUGAUGAUUUGCUCAAUAUCUUUGAAGGAGCCUAAAUUGAUAUUUUGAUUGAUAUUAUCAGUUAUUAUGUAAAUUUUAUCAGGAUUGUUCUAAUUUGAAUUUCCCCUCUACUAUUUCUAAGUGUAGCAUCUUUGAAAAUUCAAAUAUUAUGAGAUAUUCUUAAGGUCUUUCAAUGUUUUGAAAUUAUUCCCCAAAUAUUGUAUUAAAUAAUAAUAAUUCUGUUCCUUGGUACUAAAUGAUUGUAUCUCAAUUGUUUCUAGUUAGCUGCUGUUUUGUGUCGAGAAAUUCAGAAAAUAAGAAAAAAAUUGAGAAAAUUGGAGGAAAAGUUUUUGUUAGCUCGAGAGAGGAAAAAGAAAACUUCAUUGUUUAGGUAAUUAUGUGUGCUAUAAAUUAUCAAUAUUAUUAGUUUAAUGAAUUUAUGAAAUUUUGUUUCAUAAACAUAAUUAUUGUUUAUAGUAGUUGAAAUUUGUUCUUAUAAACGUCUAUUAUUGUUAGGAUGUAAUUUUCUGUUGCAAAAUUUUAAUCUCAAAUUGGAAAAAUUGCCUCAUGUGUGCUAUUAUACUAAGCAGUGCUGCUGUCCUAAAAUCAUUUCAUACUGUAUUUAUUAAAAAAAGAAGAUAUUAUUUUUGUCAAAUGCAAGAAAAUGGUGCAAUGUGUUUUUAAUUAUCAUACUCAAAUUAGAAAUUCAGUCCCUUUCCGUUUUAAAACCUAUUAGAAGUAAAUGCAAUUUUAAUGUUCUCCCUCCCCCAGUUGUGAUAGUAGUGCAAUAUAAAUUUAUGGUUUUCAAAUGGGUAAUAGCUUACAGUCAUUCAGUUCUCAGCAUUCAUAGUGGAAAUUGCGAAAUUACUAACCUUUUGGAAAACAUAGAUUGAAACUGAUCACUGUUGAAGAUCGAUGUCUUAUAUUUUUGUAUUAGUUUGUGUUUUGUCAUUUAUAUUUGUAAUAUUAAUUUAAACUAUCAUUGUGUAAUUUGUCUCAGUCCUACAUCAAGUGCCGUACAAUGGUGCUUAAUAGAAUUGUUUAAAAAAUAGAGAUUCCAAAAACAGUAGAAUAUUUCUGUUAUUAUGUUAUCAUCGUAAUAUUUUUUGUUUUCUGUUAUAUUUUUGUUUUCAAAUAUUUUAUCAAUCGCCAAUCUUUAUGUAAUCGUCAUUACAUCAUGAAGGUUUUGUUUUGUCCAAAAUGCUAACAAAAAAAGAUGAAUAAUAUUGUACAUUUACAUAGAGACUGAGGAAAUUUUAUUACGAUAUUGUAUUAUAAUAAGUAAAUAUUUAUAUAGCUAUAAACAAACAUAUAUAUUAUAUAUGGAAAAGUAUAUUAUAUCAUCAUGGAAUGUUGUUGCAUUAAAAUGGAACUAGCAAAGCAUGCUACUUUCUGUUCAACAUUUAUUGUAAUAAAGGAUGUGCUGCAUGCAACUUUGUGUUGCAAGUCACUUUCUGUGCAUAAUCUUGUAAUAAAAUUCAAUGAGAACGAAGGUAGAGUCUGCCAUAAUGUAUAGUAAUUUUGUACAGAGAAGAGAGAAGGAAAAUGUCAGAGUUUUCCAUGUCUUGUUGUUGAUUAUGUUUCAAGAAACAUUGAAGAAAAAUGUCGUUUUUAUCAAAUAAUAUCCAGUUUACAAAGAGAGUAAUGGAGUUUAUAGUUUAACAGAGGAUGUCAUACUUUAAUAACAGUGAAAAAUGUUAUUUAUUCUGUUUUUCUAUGAAGUUGAACAACAUCUACUGUAUUGUGCGAUUUUGUACGCCAAUAAUAAAGAGAUACGAUCUGUAAAACUA